AGUGAUUUGAUCUUCCCGAACGUCCGCAUUUCUUUUUUCUUCCGGGCUGCAUUGAACCUCUUCAGCUGCCGUAGGCAGUGGGUCGAAAGUGCCGGUCAAAAUGGAAGUGAAUCCCCCCAAACAGGAGCACCUGCUGGCCCUGAAAGUGAUGCGGUUAACUAAGCCUACUUUAUUCACCAAUAUUCCAGUAACAUGUGAAGAAAAAGACUUACCUGGAGAGCUCUUUAACCAACUCAUGAGAGAUGAUCCUUCAACUGUAAAUGGUGCAGAAAUUUUAAUGUUGGGAGAAAUGUUGACUUUACCACAGAAUUUCGGGAAUAUAUUUUUGGGAGAGACCUUUUCCAGUUAUAUCAGCGUUCAUAAUGAUAGCAAUCAAGUUGUAAAAGAUAUAUUAGUAAAAGCUGAUCUUCAGACAAGUUCUCAGCGUUUAAAUCUUUCAGCCUCCAAUGCUGCAGUGGCUGAACUUAAACCUGAUUGUUGUAUUGAUGAUGUCAUACACCAUGAAGUAAAGGAAAUUGGAACACACAUCUUGGUGUGUGCAGUGAGCUAUACAACUCAGGGUGGAGAAAAAAUGUAUUUUAGAAAAUUCUUCAAAUUUCAGGUUCUCAAACCGUUGGAUGUGAAAACCAAAUUUUACAAUGCAGAGAGUGACCUCAGUUCUGUGACUGAUGAAGUAUUUCUCGAAGCCCAGAUUCAGAAUAUUACAACCUCACCCAUGUUUAUGGAGAAAGUUUCAUUGGAACCAUCGAUAAUGUACAAUGUAGCAGAAUUAAACUCAGUCAGCCAAGCUGGAGAAUGUGUAACUACAUUUGGGUCAAGAGCGUAUUUGCAGCCCAUGGAUACACGCCAGUAUUUGUACUGCCUAAAACCCAAGAAGGAGUUUGCAGAAAAAGCAGGCAUCAUUAAAGGAGUAACAGUAAUUGGAAAAUUGGAUAUAGUGUGGAAAACAAAUCUAGGUGAAAGGGGAAGAUUACAGACCAGCCAACUUCAGCGAAUGGCUCCAGGUUAUGGAGAUGUUAGAUUGUCUUUGGAGGCAAUCCCAGAUACCGUAAACCUAGAAGAACCUUUUCAUAUUACCUGUAAAAUAACAAACUGCAGCAGUGAAAGGACUAUGGAUCUGGUUUUGGAAAUGUGCAAUACCAAUUCUCUCCACUGGUGUGGCAUUUCAGGAAGACAGCUUGGAAAGCUGCAUCCCAGUUCCUCUCUCUGCCUUGCCCUUACUCUGCUGUCUUCAGUACAGGGACUGCAGAGUGUCUCCGGCUUAAGACUAACAGACACGUUCUUAAAGAGAACAUAUGAAUAUGAUGACAUCGCACAGGUCUGUGUGGUAUCUUCGGCCAUUAAAGUGGAGAGCUGAAGAUUUCCAGUGUUAUGCUUUUCAUUGAAUUUCACAGAACUCUCUGUAUUUUUGUCACCUUUGUGAAAUGAUCAAGUCUACAACAAAAAUAAGUACCUGUUAUUUAAAUUUCUUUCCUGCCAAAGUUAAAAUAUUAAAUAUUUGUUUUGAAAAGAACCAUCUACGGAUUUUAUCUUGUGAGUUAUAUUCUGAAUGGACAUUUGUACAUUUUCUACACUCAGCCUAUUCCAUUUUUAGAUAACCAUUGGACUUUGUUCUCCAAAAGCUCUGUAUUUGAGGCUGUUUGUCCCUAGCAAGUAUCUGGAACGGGGAGUUAGCAAACAUUUUAUGUAAAGGGCCAGAUACAAAAUAUUUGUCUUCGCAGGAAAUGUGGUUUCUGUUGAAAAUACUCAACUCUGCUGUUGUAGUGGGUCAGCAGCCAGGAGGCAAAAAGAGCAGGCAGUGUUUACAGAAACAGGCAACUGGCCAGAUUUGGCCUGUAGGCCGUCGUUUGCUGACCUUGGUCCAAAAGAUACAGUUGUUUAAAACUUUCGAUUCUUACAAUACUUUAUUUAAAAUUUUCCAAUUAACCCCAGUUUUUUCCCUAACUCCUCAGUCAGCAGAAAAAGCUUAAGACAAUGAGAGUAGGAUAUUGCUAACACAGUAUGAGUGCUCCUCAAUUUUCAGUUAUUCUGUUUGUAUGUACCUAUGUUUGUGGUUACAUAUUAACACACAUGUCUAAAUUUCAGUUACUAACAGCGGAUCAGAAUUGGUUUAAUUUCUUGGAUUGUUGAUUACUCUGUUAACUUUUAACUAAGAAUCCUGAUAAUUUUCUAAUUCUAAGCCAAAAAGUCCUGGGUUUUUUUUCACAUUGAAAAAUAAGCCCCUUAUUUUCAUAAGGCAUGUUUAAAGGAUUUCCACCUCUGCUAUUUGAUUUUGAACUCUACAUCAUGUAUUAAUACUAUAAAACUGUCUCUGUAUGUAAUCACAGUGAUUUACUUAUUCCAGGAACAAAAGAGUAAGAAAGUUAAGAUUGUAAACAAGUUUGCAACAUGAAUACAUAAGUUUCGAUAUUUUGUAAGGAAACCAAAAGCUUACGCUGUUAAAUAAAAACUUAUUUUGGUAAGUUGAAAUUCAAGGAUGUAAAUAUAAUUGCUUAAAUGUUAGAGUGCAUUAAGUUGAAAUUCAAGGAUGUAAAUAUAAUUGCUUAAAUGUUAGAGUGCAUUAAGUCAAAUACAAAAAUUGGUUUUUCUUAAAUGCAUAAUUAUUUAUUGCCAUGACAAAUUAUUUGGUCCAGAGUAAAGCUAUAUUCAGAAUGAGAUUUGCCCCUUAAGUUGCACUAAUAAUGAAAUACCUGUGCAAAAUAAAGUGGAAGCAGUAUAAA